AUCCUCAGUUCGGCGCACGUCUCAUCGCGGUGUAGCCUUGUGAGUGCUACGCUCACGGCAGAUCACUCAGGGAUCUGAAGCAUUUCCGGUACUCUAGAUCUAGAACUAGGUGCACGGUCGACCUGCAAUUAUGGACGGUGCGUCGUAUUAUGAUCACUGCUUUUAUCAGGCCAGUGAUUCUAGUGCCUACUACAACGAUAGCACAACAAGGAAACGUACAAAGCAACGACACGUCGACGAAUGGCACGGCCAACUUGAAGGGGUCCGAGCCCGCCCACCGACGCACCCUUCCCUUUCAACAGCCCGCAUGCGGAUAUUAUCCUGCGAUCUUCCGAUGGCAUGAACUUCCGUGUCCGAAAGGCCAUCCUUGCUGAAGCGUCUCCCUUCUUCGAGACCAUGUUCAGCCUGCCCAACGGUGCAGAGCAGCCCGCGCACUCUGGCGGCUCGGAAGCUCCUGGCCUCCCAGUCGUCCCGAUGUCAGAGAGCAGCACCGUAGUCGAUGGCCUGCUGCUGUUCUGCUAUCCGGCCGAUCGACGACUGCAGGAGAUGUCGGUGAAUCCCGACGACCUAUUGGGCCUCUUGCCAGCGGCGAGGAAAUAUACGAUGGACCGGAUGGUGGAGUACAUCAUCUUGAUGUUACACUACCUCGCCGAGGUGGUACCGCUGCGCAUCUACUGCGUCGCCAUACAUUUUCAGCUGGGCGAGGACCUUAUCCGUGCCGCCGCCAGAGGUUUCCUCAACGAGCCUGUUGCAUAUCCAUACACCAGAGUGGCCGAGCUAGACCUCAUCAGCGGGUCCGCCCACGCGCGUCUCCUGGAUUAUCACAGCCGCUGCUCCCUCUCUGUCUCAAACAAAGUCCUCACCCGUUCCAGAUAUGCCAUCACAGACCCAGCCUGGGACGAUCGAUGUUGGCAUAAAUGCGCGUCCGAACGCAACACCUGUAAUGCUGAGUACUUCGACUCCAAUGGCUUCCGAUGGAUCGCUUCCUGGUUCUCUGCUUUCAUGCAACGCUGCCAUACAAUGGUGAGGCAGUAUCCAUCUAGGAAGGGAUUCGAGUCUGGAGCUAGCAUUGUUCAAGCUCUCGCCGAUGCGAAGAAAUGUGAUUUCUGCGGACCGAAAGCAUUGGCUGAUGUGCAAACCUUUUUGUCGUUGCUGACAGACAGCAUCAACGAGGCCAUAUCGAAGAUUUCGCUGGAGAUCGUCGCUUGGACGGGAACCGGCGAAUGGCCUAGUUGGCGAUACAUACCACAAUAAUCGCCCGUGACUCGUCUUGAAAUCCCUGUAGCGUCGUGAAUACGUUGCGUUCAUAGGACUACAUUUUACUCGUUGACUGUGAUUCCCUUCGACGAAUGAUGUGCUUCAACUGUUGUCGAGUACCUAUGCAUCGUUGUACACUACUUGAAUUUUAGUAUUAUGGCACCAUCGUAUUCCAAA